AUGCCAUCAGUGAAGCACAUCCUGAAAGAUCUCGACGGGCAUGCUCGGAGCGGUCAGUUGACGGGGAUCAUCGGACCCAGCGGGUCUGGGAAGUCCUGCCUCAUGAACGUCCUCGCCGGCUACACGACGAAGGGAGUGACGGGGACCGUGACGGUGAACGGGAAGACGAGGAACAAGAGGAAGUUCCGAAAGCUGUCGGCGUACGUGACCCAGGACGACUACCUGAUGGAGAACCUGACCGUGGGCGAGUCCAUGACCAUGGCAGCCAACCUCAAGCUCCCCGCCACCUUGUCCAAGGAAGAGAAGGCAAACGUCGUGACGGAGAUCCUGGAGAAUCUGGGCUUGUGCGCGUGCGUGAAGACCUUAUCCCGGUCUCUAUCCGGUGGUCAAAGGAAACGGCUGUGCGUCGCCCUCGAACUGGUCAACACGCCUCAAGUCAUGUUCUUCGAUGAACCCACUAGUGGACUGGACAGCUCGUCGUGCGUGCAGUGCAUCAGCCUGCUGGGGUCUCUGGCGAAGGCAGGGAGGACGAUCAUCUGCACGAUCCAUCAGCCGAGUGCGAAGGUCCUCGAGAUUUUCUCGCAACUCAUUCUGCUGGCGGAUGGGAGAUGCUUCUACGCCGGUUCCGUGAAAUCCCUCGUCCCCUAUCUGGGGGAAAGUCACGGUCUUCAUUGUCCCUCCUAUCACAACCCUGCCGAUUACGCGAUGGAGUUGGCCGUGGGUGAUCAUGGAGGAGAAUCCCUCAAACGACUGGUCCAGGCUGCUAAGGAUGGCAAGUGUCUUCAAUACGAUCUGGAACAUAACAAGGACUUCUUCCGCACCGGCAGUCGGAUCGGUCACGAAAGCAACAAGAGGAUUUCGAGGGAGAGCUCCUCGCAGACGGUCCCCCUUGACGGGGCCCGAGAGCCAGGAGAAGAAGGCGAAAAGGAGCACAACGGAGAGACGCAGCUAGGCGUGGAAGAGGAUCUCUCGAGCGAGAAGCUUGGAGCGGAGGAGGAGGGAAGCGAGUACGCGUCCAGUUUCCCCGUCACCUUCUGGACUCAAGUCCGCAUUCUGUACCACAGAACUCUUUUCUCCACCCUUCGCGAUGCGAUGCUGAUGAGAGUAAGGAUAGCCUGUCACAUAGCAGUGGGUCUUCUCAUCGGAAUGAUGUACUUCGACCUGGGUGAUGAUGCGAACAAGGUGUACAACAACAUGACCGCGCUCUUCUUUAACAUCAUUUUCCUCAUGGUCACCGCCAUGAUGCCCACCUUCCUCACAUUUCCCUUGGAGAUGCCUGUGUUGAUUCGACAGAAUCUGAACUCGUGGUACAGCCUCAAGGCCUACUAUCUUGCCAAAACAUUCGUUGACUUCCCCUUUCAGAUUUUCUUCACCGUCCUCUACCUGGUGAUUGCUUACUUCAUGACAUCGCAGCCGUUCUUCACGGAUCGUAUCCUGAAGUACUUCGCCGUGAAUGCUUUUGUGUCGCUCAUUUCACAAACCGUGGGACUCAUCAUUGGUACUGUGUUCAGAAUUCAGAUGGCCGUAUUCGUAGGUUCGGUGAGCUUGGCCCCGUUGCUCCUCCUCUCCGGGUGUUUACUCAGUGUAGAGUCGAUGCCACAGUACAUACAAUGGCUCUCGUAUUUCUCGUUCGUGAAAUACUCCUUCGAGGGGUCCAUAUUCAGCAUCUAUAGUUUCGACCGGGAGGACCUCAAGUGCGCAGAACCGUAUUGUCUCUUCAAGAAACCACGUAUGUUCCUCGCUCAGAUGGACCUCGAAAACAACAUCUUCUGGAAUGAUCUCUGGAUCCUUAUUGGCAUACUGUUCGCCUUUCGACUUGCUGGCUACUUCCUGCUUCGAUGGAGAGUAACUAAACUCCAAUAGUACCUGUCUGCCAAAAUCUAUGCCAUGUUCUUCUACAGCGGGGGUUUCGUCCUGUGGUUGAGAUUUUCAAAAUCGGAGCCAGUUCCAGUUUUAGCCGUCCACUCUUUAAAAGAGCUCUGGCCUUAGUCCGCCCGUCCUUGGUCCGUCCUGAGAAGAGAUAAAUUGAGCCAAGAUUUUCAGGUUUAUGCUGGCUGGUGCUAGACCCUGGCCCGGCUGCAGUUCUUUCUCUUUCAGCUUCACCUUGACUGGUUCGACAAAACAAAAAACGUUCCAAAUAAAUAUUAUAAAUCCACUAAGAUGAAAUAGGGGAAACUAGUACAAGAGAAAAUCGAGGUGUCCUUCCUAUCUGUCAAAUGAUUUUCUAGAGUUGUGUAUCAUGACCAGAAUACCAAAAUGCCUGGAGUGUAUGUAACUUUUCUGAAGAUUGGGGGGGGGGGGGGUUAAAUAAAAAUACAUUAAGAA